ACUAUAAAACGCUGACGUUUUGGUCACUACAAAUGAAGAAGCCACAGUCCCAAACCCUAACGAUUCAUCAAAUUUCAAUUAAUUUCCAAUAACAGAGCGAGAGGAUGUCAUUCUACACCACCGUCAUCCUCCUCUUCCUCCUCUCGCCGUCGAUCGUCACCGCCGCUGCUCCGUCGGCCUACGAAGUUCUUGAGGGCUUUCACUUUCCGGAAGGCCUUCUCCCCAAGGGAGUCAUCAGCUAUGAAUUGGACCGAUCCAGCGGCAAAUUCCGCAUCGAUUUCAACACUUCAUGCAGUUUCUCCCUCGAGGGUUCCUACCAGUUGCGUUACCAAUCGUCCAUCACCGGCUUCAUUUCCGACGGCAGGCUUACCGAACUCCGGGGAAUAAGCGUGAAGGUUCUCUUUUUCUGGCUCAACAUUCUCGAGGUUAAUCGGAUCGACGAUGAUCUUGAGUUCUCCGUCGGCGUCGCUUCCGCCUCUUUUUCAUUGGAUAACUUCUUCGUUUCCCCUCAGUGCGGUUGCGGUUUGGAUUGCAAUGAUAUCCGAAUAAGGAAACUCAAUUUGGGGAACCCUUCCCUUUCCUCUGUGUAGAAAUUCAAUUCAAUUAAUUUCUCCGCUCUGUAUUUCUCAUACCAAUUAUCAUGAUUUGUGGACGCUUGUAAGAUAUUUGUUGUUGCAUGUUAGUAUCCACCAUGUGUGAUAUUAUAAUAUAAGAUAUUAUAUUUGUACCGAAGGGAGAGAUGAGUAUCCGGAAAAUUGCGAAAUGCAAUCUAAUUUAGGGGUUUUUGCCAUUGGAAGGGCGGUGUUACUGGAUUUGUGCCCCAGAAGUCUG